GCCAGGCCGGCUCGCGCCCUCUCGCUUUCCUCCGGCCCGCAAGACCCCCUCCCCUUCCGCCUCGCGGCGCUUCCUCGCGCCGCGGUCUUCUCUAUCCACCCCCGACAUCGCGGGGCUCCCCCCGCCCGCCAACGGCGGGUCCCCGGCUUCCCAGGUCCCCUCGCUUCCCGCGCUCUCCAGCGGGGGCCUAGCUCCAGCCUUCUCUCUCCCUCCCUUCCCCCUAAUUCCCCUUCCGGACGCUGCCAUCAUGUUGAAGCCUCAGCCGCCACAACAGACCUCCCAGCCCCAGCAGCCGCCCCCCACGCAACAGGCCGUGGCCCGCCGGCCUCCCGGGGGCACGAGCCCUCCUAACGGCGGCCUGCCGGGGCCCCUGGCCUCCACCUCGGCUCCCGCAGGGCCUCCCGCGGCCGCGUCUCCCUGCCUGGGGCCUGCAGCCGCCGCCGGGAGCGGGAUCCGCCGGGGAGCCGAGGGCAUCUUGGCGCCGCCGCCGCCGCAGCAGCAGCAGCAACAUCAGGAGAGGCCAGGGGCAACGGCUAUCGGCAGCGCCAGGGGACAAAGCACAGGAAAGGGACCCCCACAGUCACCGGUGUUCGAGGGUGUCUACAAUAAUUCCAGAAUGCUGCAUUUUCUUACAGCUGUUGUGGGCUCCACUUGUGAUGUAAAGGUGAAGAAUGGUACCACCUACGAAGGUAUCUUCAAGACUCUGAGCUCAAAGUUUGAACUAGCAGUAGACGCUGUACACCGGAAAGCAUCUGAGCCAGCAGGUGGCCCUCGUCGGGAAGACAUUGUGGACACCAUGGUGUUUAAGCCAAGCGAUGUCAUGCUUGUCCACUUCCGAAACGUUGACUUCAAUUAUGCUACUAAAGACAAAUUCACUGAUUCAGCCAUUGCCAUGAACUCAAAGGUGAAUGGGGAGCACAAAGAGAAGGUGCUUCAGCGCUGGGAAGGGGGCGACAGCAACAGCGAUGACUAUGACCUCGAGUCUGACAUGUCCAAUGGAUGGGACCCCAACGAAAUGUUCAAGUUCAACGAGGAGAAUUAUGGUGUAAAGACCACCUAUGACAGCAGUCUUUCUUCUUAUACGGUGCCCUUGGAGAAGGACAACUCAGAAGAGUUUCGUCAGCGGGAGCUGCGUGCAGCCCAGUUAGCUCGAGAGAUUGAAUCGAGCCCACAGUACCGCCUGCGGAUCGCCAUGGAGAACGAUGAUGGGCGCACCGAGGAGGAGAAGCACAGUGCGGUCCAGCGGCAGGGUUCAGGACGGGAGAGCCCCAGCUUGGCAUCUAGGGAGGGAAAGUAUAUCCCUCUACCCCAGCGAGUUCGGGAAGGCCCCCGGGGAGGAGUUCGAUGCAGUAGUUCCCGGGGAGGCCGGCCUGGCCUUAGCUCUUUGCCACCUCGUGGCCCUCACCACCUUGACAGUAGCAGCCCCGGCCCAGGUUCUGAGACCCGCGGUAUCAAUGGAGGCCCUUCCCGCAUGUCCCCUAAGGCACAACGGCCUGUGAGAGGUGGUGCCAAGACUCUGUCCUCACCCAGCAGUAGACCUUCUGGAGAAGCUUCUGCUCCGCCCCCUCCUGCAGUGGGCCGGAUGUACCCCCCGCGCUCUCCCAAGUCAGCUGCCCCUGCCCCAAUCUCAGCUUCCUGUCCUGAUGCCCCGAUGAGCUCGGCAGUACCGACCUCUUCGGCUUCUAUCCCUGUGACAUCAUCGGUUGUGGAUCCUGGAGUAGGCUCCAUUUCCCCAGCUUCUCCAAAGAUCUCAUUGGCCUCCACAGAUGUAAAAGAACUUCCAGCCAAGGAACCUGGGAGAACUCUGGAGUCCCAGGAGCUGUCCCGGAUAGCUGGGAAAGUCCCUGGCCUUCAGAAUGAACAGAAACGCUUUCAACUGGAAGAACUGAGAAAGUUUGGGGCCCAGUUUAAGCUGCAGCCCAGUAGCUCCCCUGAGACCAGCCUGGAUCCUUUUCCUCCCCGGAUCUUAAAGGAGGAGGCCAAAGGGAAAGAGAAGGAAGUUGACGGUUUAUUAACAUCAGAGCCAGUGGGGUCCCCAGUCUCCUCGAAGACAGAGUCCGUAUCGGAUAAAGAGGACAAGCCGCCCCUGCCACCGGCAGGAGGCACAGAGGGGCCCGAGCAGCCCCCGCCACCUUGCCCAAGCCAAACUGGCAGCCCCCCGGUGGGCCUCAUCAAGGGAGACGACAAGGAUGAGGGCCCGGUCGCUGAACAAGUGAAGAAGUCAACACUGAACCCCAACGCCAAGGAGUUCAAUCCCACAAAGCCUCUGCUGUCUGUGAAUAAAUCCACCAGUACCCCAACUUCUCCGGGGCCCCGAACUCAUUCAACUCCCUCCAUCCCGGUGCUGACAGCAGGCCAGAGUGGGCUCUACAGCCCCCAGUACAUUUCCUACAUACCUCAGAUCCACAUGGGACCAGCUGUUCAGGCACCUCAGAUGUAUCCAUACCCUGUAUCCAAUUCAGUGCCUGGACAGCAGGGCAAGUACCGGGGAGCAAAAGGCUCCCUGCCCCCCCAGCGCUCGGACCAACACCAGCCAGCCUCAGCCCCUCCGAUGAUGCAGGCCGCCGCCGCUGCUGGCCCACCUCUGGUGGCUGCCACGCCGUACUCUUCCUACAUCCCUUACACCCCACAGCAGUUCCCGGGCCAGCCCGCCAUGAUGCAGCCCAUGGCCCACUACCCCUCACAGCCGGUGUUUGCCCCCAUGCUUCAGAGCAACCCACGCAUGCUGACGUCGGGGAGCCAUCCCCAGGCCAUUGUGUCGUCCUCCACCCCUCAGUACCCUUCUGCAGAGCAGCCCACCCCGCAAGCCCUCUAUGCCACUGUUCAUCAGUCCUAUCCACACCAUGCUACGCAGCUCCAUGCCCACCAGCCGCAGCCGGCCACCACGCCUACUGGGAGCCAGCCGCAGUCCCAGCAUGCGGCCCCCAGUCCCGUCCAGCACCAGGCGGGGCAGGCCCCACACCUGGGCAGUGGACAGCCACAGCAGAAUCUGUACCACCCAGGGGCCCUGACAGGCACGCCGCCUUCUCUGCCACCGGGACCUUCUGCCCAGUCCCCUCAGAGCAGCUUCCCCCAACCAGCCGCUGUAUAUGCCAUCCAUGCCCAUCAGCAGCUGCCCCACGGCUUCACCAACAUGGCCCAUGUUACCCAGGCCCAUGUCCAAACUGGAAUCACAGCAGCCCCGCCCCCUCACCCUGGGGCUCCCCACCCGCCCCAGGUGAUGCUGCUGCACCCACCCCAGAGCCAUGGGGGCCCCCCCCAAGGCGCGGUGCCCCAGAGUGGGGUGCCUGCACUCUCAGCUUCCACACCCUCACCCUACCCCUACAUCGGACACCCCCAAGCUCCCCUUCCACCCCCCGGGGAACUGAAGAUUGUCCUGGCCGCGACCUGAGACCUCCAUGAGUGGAGGGAAGAGUGAUCUAUGUCUCUUCCCCCAGCAGCUCGGACCAGUCCCAGCCCCCCAAUCCCCCCUUUCCCCUGGGGGAGCUGGGGAAUUCCUGCCAAGCACCUUGAAGGGGAGGGGCCUUGAAGUGGGCAGGGCCAGGGUCCAGCGGGGGUGGGGGGUUCCUGCUCUGCCCCUGCCCAUCCCCACCCCAUCUUGCCCUCCCAUCCUCUCAUCUAUCCCCCGCUGGAGACGGAAGAUCUUUUAUUUUCUAUUAUUUAUAACCUCAGACUUGGGCCCCCGUUUCUUUCUUCCCCAUUAACUUGAGUGAACUGCGUGAGAGACAGACAGACAGAUGCCCCACAAGGAUGGUUGGACAAGGACUUUUACUUUUUAUUACAUAAAAAUAUUAAAAAAAAUUAAAAAAAAUAAAAUUUUAAACUAACUUAA